AGCUCAGACUAGUUCCGCUGAGAGCAGAUCAGCUGAUCUGUGUGUAAACAGCAGAGUAGGAGAGUCAGAAAGGUACAUAUUUCUCCGUGUGUGAGCCAGCUGCAGAUAUAACGUGGAAGUGUGUGAGUUAGUGUGUGUGAGACAUAGAGAGAGGGAGCGAGAGUGAUGAGUCAGUGGAUUUGCGCCGCGUUGAAUUCGCUGCAGUAGAGCGGCAGCAGCAGGAGGAGCAAACGGCUCCGAGGGGCUUCACACAUCCCAUUCAGCUCACUGAGGGCCCUGUGGACACACAGCAGGUCUGACUGGAGUCCUGGAUCUCAACCCCUCUGCGCUGGAAAUCUGUGUCGAUGGAGGAGCUGGAGACAGAGGAGCAGUUCCUGCAGUACGCCCGGAACGGAGAUCUGCCGGGAAUUCAAAGGCUCCUUGAGGCCAAGACAAGGCGGGAGGCGCAGAUUAACAUCGACUGCAAAGGUAAGAGUAAGUCAAACCUGGGAUGGACGCCUCUUCACUUAGCUUGUUAUUUUGGUCACAAAGAUGUAGUAGAGGAGCUUCUCAAGGCUGGCGCAAACGUAAACUUGCCCAAUAAUAUCGGAGAUACGCCGCUGCACAAGGCUGCCUUCACAGGCAGAAAGGAGGUUGUCAUGCUGCUGCUGCGUUAUGAUGCAUGUGCUACUGUCAUCAAUGGGACCGCACAGAUUCCCAAAGAUGUCACUCAAAAUGCAGAGAUCAGAAGCAUGCUGGAAGCGGCUGAGAGGACGGAAGAGAGGAAGCUGGAGGAGAAACUUUUGGAAUCUGCGCGGGAAGGAGACCUAUCGACACUGUCUCAGUUGCUCAACAGGAAGAAGCCUCCAGAUAUCAACUGCACAGAUCUGCUGGGUAACACUCCGCUGCACUGUGCUGCUUAUCGAGGCCAGAGGCUGUGCGCCCUGAAGCUGCUCAAGAGUGGAGCUGACCCGAACGCUAAAAACAAAAACGGCCAGACUGUUUUUGACCUGGCCAGUGAUUCAGCAAUGAAGCAGUGUCUCGAAGGCGUCGUUCAUCGAGGUUUGACCCGUCAUGUCAAGAAGUACGAAGGACCCCUUUGGAAGAGCUCCAGGUUUUUUGGUUGGCGCUCAUACUGGGUCGUUUUGCAGGACGGAGUUUUAUCCUGGUACUCUAAACAGUCUGACGCAGCUACAAAUGUCAAAAGGCAGGGCUGCAAGUCCCUCACUAACUCUCACUGUUUGAUACGAGCCAAAGAUAAUUGCCGUUUUACUCUCAAGUGCUUUGACGACAGCAUCCAUCACUUCAAGGUUUCACCUGAUUCUGACCCCGAUGAUACUAGAAAAAUGUGGCUGGACAUGCUGGAGGAGCACUCGGCUUACAGCACACACUACUGCCCCCCCGAGCAGGGCAGUGUGGGGGACAGCGAGGAGGAGGAGGGAGGAAGGAUGUCCCUUGGGGAGCUGACAGACUCACUGCAGGCAGCAGAGGUCAGCCAGAAGAAGCUGGAGAAGGAGGUGUCCGCAUUCCUGUCCAUGCUGAAAAAUGACGGCCUGUCAGAAGGAUUCCCAUCACCCAUAGUGGAGAAAAUGCAGGAAAUCUGUGAGCUGUCCAGCGACACCGCCUCCAAUCUGAACAUCUGUCUCAGUCUCUUCUCCAAACAGGAAGGGGUGUGCUGUCUGAAAUUGGAGCACGAGUUUGAGAAGAAUAAGAUCCUCUCGGAAGCGUUGCAGACGCUCGCCACGGAGCACCAUAAACUUGAGCAAUCCGUCGUCAAGGGAUCGUCGUCGCGGAGCGCCCUUAGCGAGGAUGAGUUUUACGACGCUGUGUCUGAAUCAGGCUCUGAGCUCUCCCUGAGCGGCUUUGAGACGGUGGCCAGCCAUUCCUUUGAAGAGGACGAGGAGGAAGACGAAGGGUCUGUCAUGCUAAGCAGCCCUUCCAGCAGCCCCGCCAGCAGCAUGUUGCAGGAGGAUCGCCAUGGAGACAGGGAUGAGACUCAACCCAACGGGAUAACAACGCAUAGGAUGAGCUUACCGGCACCGAUGUUUUCAAGAAACGACUUCAGCAUUUGGAGCAUCCUGAGGAACUGCAUCGGCAUGGAGCUCUCCAAGAUUACAAUGCCGGUGAUUUUCAAUGAGCCGCUCAGCUUCCUGCAGCGUCUCGCAGAGUACAUGGAGCACACGUACCUCAUUCAUCAGGCCAACGCAUCCUCGGAUCCUAUUGAGAGGAUGAAGUGUGUGGCUGCGUUUGCCGUGUCCGCUGUAGCUUCCCAGUGGGAGCGGACGGGGAAACCGUUCAACCCUUUGCUAGGAGAAACCUACGAACUGGUCAGAGAGGAUCUGGGCUUCAGGCUCCUAUCGGAGCAGGUGAGCCACCACCCACCAGUCAGUGCCUUCCAUGUUGAGGGCCUGAGGCAAGACUUUGUGUUUCAUGGAUCAAUUUACCCCAAACUGAAGUUCUGGGGGAAAAGUGUGGAAGCUGAACCUAAAGGCACCAUAACGCUGGAGUUGCCCAAGCAUAAUGAGGCCUACACAUGGACCAAUCCUACAUGUUGUGUUCACAACAUCAUUGUGGGUCAGCUGUGGAUCGAGCAGUAUGGAAACGUGGAGCUGAUCAACCACAGAACCGGAGAAAAGUGCUGUCUGAACUUCAAACCGUGUGGACUUUUUGGAAAGGAGCUGCACAAAGUGGAAGGCUAUAUCUUUGAUAAAAGCAAAAAGAAACUGUGUGCGCUCUACGGGAAGUGGACCGAGUGCCUGUACGUUGUUGACCCGGCUGCCUUUGAAGCCCACAAGAAAAGCGACAAAAAAAGUGGAGAAGAGAGGAAAACCAGCAAAGGGGGUUCAGGUGUGGAUCAGGAGGAAGUUCCCUCCCCGGCUGCAGACACUGUGGAGGUGAUUCCUGGCAGCCAGCUGCUGUGGAGGAUCGCACCCAGACCAGCCAACUCUACCCAGAUGUACAGCUUCACCUGUUUCGCGAUGCAGCUGAAUGAGCUGCGUAAGGAGAUGGAAGGAGUCAUUCCCCAAACCGACUGCAGGCUCAGACCGGACAUAAGAGCCAUGGAGAACGGCGACAUCGAUCUCGCCAGCGAGGAGAAGAAGAGACUGGAGGAGAAACAGAGAGCUGCUCGUAAAAACCGCUCCAAGUCGGAUGAAGAGUGGAAGACGAGGAACCCUCCGCUGGGCCCGAGAAAACCACCGGCGGUAGCCUCACGGUCGUUAACGAUGCGCUCUCUCCUUCACCAGCGUGACAGCUCCACGCCCUGGCUCUAAACACAAUCACUCAAACACCGCAGGUCUCUGCCCCCAAAAUCCAUUUCUCCUCCCCAUAAUCCCCGUUAACGUUAGCCCAAAGCACACAACCAGAUCAGCCGACUCCUAAAGCGAUCAUCCACCUUUUCCAGCUCUCUCAGUUCCUGUCCUCUCUCUGAUUUGUUGGACGUUCUGCAGCUCGACGAGUGUUGACGUGCCUCCUCUGUGUUCUCAGGUGGUUCCAGCAGGGACAGAACCCGCACACCCGCUCGCAGGACUGGCUCUUCUCUGGUGGAUACUGGGAUAGGAAGUACGGCCAGCUGCCAGAUAUUUACUAAUCAAGAGAUCCACCAGCGCAGAAACAUUUGCGCCUGUAUAUAAACAUACACCUUUUUUGUUGUUGUUUUUUAAUUUGAUGAAAACGUUCCUGUGAUUAAAAGCACUAGAAGAAGUGUGGGAAAAACCGAGUUCAAAACAGGAAAAGGUUCAUAAAAAGGUCAUUAUCUGUUGUUGUUUGACGAUUCUUUGACAUGUAGCACCUGUACUUACACUGAGACACUUUACUUCUGGUACCUGGGGUUGAAGGUUUUUACUCUGAUCCUCUUUUAAAUGUUUGUAAUUGUAUAUCUGUAUAAAUACACACAUAUAUACUCUCCAGCCAUCGUCCACCUCACUACCACUUCAUUUAAAUCUACAAAAGAUCCCAACAGAUUUUUUCUGGAGGCAGAUGUGAAUAUUUGUCCGUUCUUUGUUAGGCUUUUGCCUUGUAAAGUAAAAAAAUACUAUUUUCUGUAUUAAUACAUCCUUAUGAACUAAUGAGCUUCCUAGCAGGACUCUGCUUCUUAAAGACGUGUCCACGUGAAUUACAGAAUUUAAAUUUGAUCCUGCGUUUGUUACAAAUCUAAAUUGUUAAUAUUGUACAGAAACAGAAAAAAAACAUUCCUGGGUUUAUGAGGUUACUUCUCUGUUACUAUCUCCGUUUUAAGUCAUUUUUUCAUCCAUAUAAACAUUGAAGGUAUUUUAUUUCAACUCUAAAUAAAACAUUUCAAUGUA